AUGCCGUCACCAGAACCAGACGUUCCCGAUGGUCGAGAGGCUCCGGAUCCCUCAUUAGAUGAUAAUGUUGACGAAUUAGCUCUUCUGGGAGAUGAUUCUGGGUACUCUCGACUGACUACCCCAGGUCUCAGUGACUCCGAGGGAGCAGAACCGAGACCUAGACCGCAAUUAGUACCCGGCCAAGCUGUUAAGAGAACCAAGUCUGACCGUGAUGGCAAUGACGAUUAUGAUCCCGAGAAUCCCAUGGGCAUUGAACGUGAGAAGUACAAGAAAAAAGUACCGGCCAAGGUCAUAGACCGCCUAUGGACGAAACUAGAACCAGAACAAUUUCGUUCACUAGAUAACAUUUUUAACAUUGCACUCAGCAAAACCCUCGAAAGGUACAAGGGCAGCACAAAUGAACAUUAUAAAGUUGCAGAGGCACAGCGAGUGCUUUCUCAUCACUGGACAAGCGACAAACUACCAAAAGCUUUUCUAGCAAGACUCAAAAUGACCAAGCUUCCACCAGUCAAGUCGUUACAAGUAAGGGUGCGAGGUGCCAAAGCCGAGCUGUACAAUCUACUAGAUAUAGAUCAGGUCCAGCGAAAGAAAGCUAUCUAUGAAGCAUAUCUACUGGCAGAGAACCAGCAACUACAAGAGCUACAGACAUAUCACAAGAAGAUCAAGAAAGCUCUUGAUGAGGAUUCAAAGUAUUUGGAGGACUUCAAGAAAACGACGGCAUCAAUCCAAGCACGAAGCGUUAGAGACGCUGAGGAAAAAAAGAAGCUUUUCCACUUAGAUGUCUCUCACGCUCCGGAUGACACAAACCUAAGCAACAUUCCGACGCCUAUACCCAAGGAGCUAAAGGAUGCCCAAUUCGAUCCGAACAAAGAUCCCGAGGUUCGCCUGUUACUAGAGACUCUCCAGACCAAGAUCGAGGAGAAGUUGCCGAAUGAUAAGCUCAAUGAGCUUCUUAAUAUUUGCGAUGAGCUCGAUGAAUUCCAAAGCAAAUUCGACGACGGUAGAUUCUUUCGUCAAAGAUAA